AGAAGGAGGCAACGAUUCUUAAACUCUCUAUUCAUUACCCUCCGUCUCUGUCGCUCUCUGUCUUCUAAGUCAGAAAAUCAAAUUUUGCCGUGUUGGACUUCCUCUUCCUCUUAGCGUCCAAGUCCCCCACCCUAUAAGAAUAUUAAUCUCCUUUUGAAAACUUCCCACAGUCUUCUUUUCAAAGCCCACCGCUUCUCUAUUACUUCUCUGCCUGCCCGGGACCGGAAACACGGUAGCUCGGGUCUUCAUCUAGUCGAGAAAUGGAAGGUCUGAUUCCGAUCGUUUACAGGGCGAUCAAGCGCACGCAAACCCGCCGCCAGUACGAGUGUCUCUCCUCAAGUGCUGCCCAGACAUACAAUAUUGCCGACUUCUAUCCUGCCAGCAGUUACGGUAUGCCCGAUACCAAUGCAUAUACGAAUGGCGACCUUAAGGCUGUGGGCGUGGGAGCUGGUGGCAGGUUAAGUAAUGGGCACCGCAGGUACAACUCUCUCGGGGAUUUCUCAUUCUCCCAGGAUGACCGGGAGUUCGACACGGGCGUCAGGAUGAAGAAGCAGCAGCAGCAGCAGCAGCUCGUGAGGUUCCGGAGCCAUAGGAUGUUCUCCUGCAUAACAGGGCAAACAUAGGAUGUUUCUGUCUGAAAUGGUCACAAGUGGGUAGGUGGAUUUGCUGCACUUCCAGUUCAGUUCUAGUCGUGUGCAUGUACAUAUCUUCGAUGGAAGAGAGAUUCUCUCGGCAUGCAAAGGGAUGGAUCUACAGGGAAACUCGACUUCGCAGCAGGUGAAAAAACUGCAGAAGUCAGAACAAGUUUCACGUAAUUUGCCGGCUUACUUCUCAACCGUCUCGUCGCAUAACAAAUGUGCAUAUAUUUGCUUCUAGGGCCGUCAGUGUAAUCGUCAAAGAAGCUUUUUGUUAAACUAUGUCACAAGAUGUCUUUCGAAUGUUAUUCUAGUUUGGAUUUACGUGUAUAUUUUAUCACAAUCACAAGAUGCAUUCAACCUAUUGGCAUAGGUUAAUCCUUGUUCGGACAAUUUCUUGUUUAUUCGCACUGUAGAUGUAAGGGACGGCAUCUGUGUUUUUCCAA